AGCUUAAAAGGAUAUACCGUAAUUUCCGGACUAUAAGCCGCUACUUUUUUCCCACGCUAUGAACCUUGCGCUUUAUACAAUGACACGGCUAAUUUAUGGAUUUUUCCCGCUUUCACAAAUUCAUGGCCAAAAAACUGAGCACCGUCACAUAAUGUGACGUAAAUCGAGCGCGCUCAAACUUUCCAUCAUUCUGAUUACGGUAGUCAUUUUGUCACCCUCAUCAUGGCAAAGACACGGAGAAAUGCAUAUGAUGCGGCUUUCAAUUUGAAGGCGAUCGUUCUGGCUGUUGGAAAAGGAAAUAGUGCUGCUGCACGGGAGCCUUAAUGGGUCGAUGAUAAGACGUUGGAAACAGCAGCGUGAGAAACUGACUUAGUGCAAAAAGACAACAAAAGUUUUCAGAGGAAAGAAAAGCAGAUGGCCCAAACUAGAAAAUGAGGCUUGGAUGAGUUUGCCUCCGGUUGAAAGUGAGGAGAGCGCAAUGAAAACGAUCCAACAUCGGAUGAAGCAAUUCUGAGGCUAUUCAACUCCGACACCAAAGGAGAUGACUUCAGUGGUUUCAGUGCACAGGAGGAAGAUAGUGACCAAGGACUUUCUUGGUAGGCUAUUGUUUACUGCUAUUUAAAAAAAAAAAAAUGUUACAAGCCUGUUUCGUUAAAGCCUAUUUAUUUUUGUUACAAGCCGUGUUUCGUUUAAAGGCUAUUUAUUUUUGUUACAAGCCGUGUUUCGUUUAAAGGCUGUGUAAAGUUCAUUUGUUUCAAUGUACCGGUAGGCACCUGCGGCUUAUAGACACGUGCGGCUUAUUUAUGUACAAAAUAAAUAAAAACAAUUAAAUUCAGUGGGUGCGGCUUAUAUUCAGGUGCGCUUAAUAGUCCAGCAAUUACGGUAACAUUCAACAAGCGGAACGGCAACACAGGAUCAACACAUGGAGCUGUCUGUAGCAGGACUUUUGAUCAUUUUGUGUCCUCUUGCCCGGUAAAUGACCAGGCUCACCGGUAGGAGCAAGUACUCUGGUGGGUCAUAUGGAGAACUUUCCUGCUUCCCUUACUUGCACCCCUUUUCAUGUCAUUCUGCUGUGGGGAAACCAGUCCAAAUCUCUCCGCGUCCUCAUUGACUCUGGGGCCGACGAGAGCGAAUAGAGGAAUGGAGGCACUGGCUAGAAGGGGCGGAACAUCCGUUCAUUGUGUGGACCGACCACAAAAACCUGGAGUAUCUCCGCACUGCCAAGCACCUCAACUCCAGGCAAGGAGAUGGGCCCUGAUGUUUACCCGGUUAAAUUCACUCAGUGAGUGAAUUUAUAAGGAAGUGCAUAGGAGAUGUUGUACCCAAUGUGACCAUUAAAACCUACCCGAACCAGAAACUGUGGAUUGAGGGCAGCAUUCGUGCAAAACUGAAAGCGCGAACCACCACAUUUACCAUGGAAAGGUGACCGGGAAUAUCACCAAAUACAGUGUUGUUAUUCCCUCCAAUGCAAUCAAACAAGAGAAAUGUCAGUAUAGGGACAAAGUGGAGUCGCAAUUCAACGGCUCAGACACGAGACGUAUGUGGCAGGGUCUACAGACAAUCUUGGACCAGCCACGUCACAGACAACAAUGUCUUGCUUCCAGAAUAACUAAACACCUUCUUUGGCCACUUUGAGGAUAAUAUAGUGCCACCGAUGCAGCCCGCUACCAAGCACUGUGGGCUCUCCUUCUCCAUGGCCGAUGUAAGACAUUUAAACGUGUUAAUCCUCGCAAGGCUGCCGGCCCAGACGGCAUCCCUAGUCCGUCCUCAGAGCAUGCACAAACCAGCUGGCUGGUGUGUUUACGGAUAUAUUCAAAUCAAUCCCUAUCCCAGUCUGCUGUCCCCACAUGCUUCAAGAUGGCCACCAUUGUUCCUGUACCCAAGAAGGCAAAGUUGUUUGCUAGGUUGGAGGGGAGACGGUCAUUGAGGGACAUUGAACCGCACAUCUUUCCUGAUGGUGCUGGACCUAUUCAAGGUGACGUAGUGGAGUUCCAUGGCACCGAGGGAAGUGGAAAGACUGAGACCAUGUACCAUCUGGUGACCCACUGCAUCCUCCCAGCCGACCGGGGGGGCCUGGAAGUGGAAGUCAUGUACGUGGACACCGACUACAACUUUGACAUGCUGAGGCUGGUGACAGUACUGGAGCAGCGCCUGGGGGAGGACGCAAAAGGAGAGGUUAGUGGGGCGGCGGUAGAGCCUGAGGAGAGGGUGCGAGCCUGCCUAGGCCGACUCUUUGUGGUUAACUGCUCCAGCUCAGUCCAGCUGCUUCUCACACUGCACUACCUGGAGAAUACCUUCAGCAGCCGGCCCACUAUGUGCCUAUUGGUCAUCGACAGCAUCUCAUCCUUCUAUUGGGUGGACCGGAGUGGGGGAGGGGAGAGCGUGGCCAAGCAGGAAGCCAACCUCAGGAAGUGUUCAGAGCUCCUGGAUCGGCUGCGGAGAGACUACCGUAUAGUGGUGUUUGCCACCACGCACGCCAUCAUGAGGAACUACGGGCACUCGGCUCAGGCUGACGUGGGGGCCAUGACACCUGGGCCCUCUGAGCCAUCCUCAUCGUCUUCCUCCUGGAGACAGUGGUCCUCCUCUCAUGCUUCAAACUUUGACAAGGCCUACAUCAGCAGGGCCUGGCAGAGGCUAGUGACACACAGAGUGCUGUUCUCCAAAGGAGAGGUGACCAAGGACAGAAAGCAGGUGUUUUCAGCUGCAUGCACCACCACAAGUACAAGAGGUGCUAAAUGCUCCUCUUUUUGUGUUAUGGAAGGGGGUGUUCAGUUUUUAUGAAGAUGUUGUUGAACUCAAUUGAUUGAAUUCUAUUCUGAUUCUGGAUGUGUUAAACUGAUAUUAGACACUACAGCAACUUUUAGUGAUUUUAUUUCUUACAUUUGUUGGAUUAUUUUAAUCCACCAGAUGUGGAUGCUAUUAUGGUUGAUGUUUGUGUCAUUUGUAAAAUAAUAAAUCAAUAAAAAAUAAGUAAGAUAGGGCAACUGUUACAGAGGUUGCAAAUGUUUUGAAAAUAGUCUGAAUACUUAAUUUUUUUUCAAUAUUUUAUUUUUGCAUUUUCCAAUUAACAACAUUCAAGACAAACUAAAACAUAGGGAGGAGAUAUCAGGGUUGAACUUGUGCAGUCUAAAUGGGGUGAUAUAGAGCUGAUGGAGGAAAUUAAACUGGAUCAGUCUGUAUCUGGAGUUCAAAAAGUAUUCAUACCCCUUGACUUUUUCCACAUUUUGUUGUGUUACAGCCUGAAUUCAAGAUACAUUUUUUUCUCACCCAUCCACACACAAUACCCCAGAAUGACAAAGUGAAAACAUGUUUUUAGAAAUUCUGGCAAAUUUAUUGAAAAUUAAAUACAGAAAUUUCUAAUUUACAUAAGUAUUCACACCCCUGAGUCAAUACUUUGUAGAAGCAACAUUGGCAGCGAUUAGUCUCUUAAGAUAUUUCCACAGCUAGAUUGUGUAAUAUUUGCCUAUUUAUUAUUUUCAAAUUUCCUCAAGGUCUCUUACAUUGGUUGUUGAUCUCAUUGCUAGACAACCAUUUUCACAUCUUGCCAUAGAAUUUCAGAUCAAAUCAAUCAACUAUAUUUAUAAAGCCCUUCUUACAUGAGCUGAUGUCACAAAGUGCUGUAUAGAAACCCAGCCUAAAUCAAACUUUAUUUGUCACAUGCGCCGAAUACAGCAAGUGUAGACCUUACCGUGAAAUGCUUACUUAUAAGCCCUUAACCAACAGUGCAGUUCAAGAAGAGUUAAGAAAAUAAUAACCAAAUAGACUAAAGUAAAAAAUAAUAAUGAAAAGUAACACAAGAAUAACGAGGCUAUAUACAGGGGGUACUGGAACCGAGUCAGUGUACAGGUUAGUUGAGGUAAUUUGUACAUGUAGAUAGGGGUGAAGUGUCUAUGCAUAAAGAUGAUAAACAACGAGUAGCAGCAGUGUACAAAAAGGAGGGGGGGGGGGUCAAUGGCGAUUUAAGUAGACUUAAGUCAAAACUGUAACUCGGCCACUGAGGAACAUUCACUAUCUUGGAAAGCAACUCCGGUGUACAUUUUGCCUUGUGUUUUAGUUUAUUGUCCUGCUGAAAAGGGGAAUUCAUCUCCCACUGUCUGGUAGAAAGCAGACAAUCAAUUUUUCCUCUAGGAUUUUGCCUGUGCUUAGCUCCAUUCCAUUUCCUUUUUAUUCUGAAAAACUCCCCAGUCCUUAACGAUUAGAGGCAUACCCAUAACAUAAUGGAGCCACCACUGUGAUUGAAAAUAUGGAGAGUGGUACUCAGUAAUGUGUUGUAUUGAAUUUGCCUGACAAAAAGUUAAUUGCUUUGCACAUUUUUUGCAGUAUUACUUUAGUGCCUUGUUGCAAACAGGAUGUAUGUUUUUGAAUGUUUUUAUUCUGUACAGGCUUCAUUCUUUUCACUCUUUCAAUUAGGUUACUAUUGUGGAAUAACUACAAUGUUGUUGAUCCAUCCUCAUUUUUCUCCUAUCACAGCCAUUAAACUCUAACUGUUUUAAAGUCUCCAUUGGCCUCAUGGUGAAAUCCCGGAAUGGUUUCCUUCUUCUCCUGCAACUGAGUUAGGAAGGACGCCUGUAUUUUUGUAGUGACUGGGUGUAUUGAAGCAACAUCCAAAGUGUAAUUAAUAACUUCACCAUGCUCAAAUGGAUAUUCAAUGUCUGGUGUUUUUAUUUUUUUCCUAUCUACCAAUAGGUGCCCUUCUUUGCGCUGCAUUGGAAAACCUCCCCGGUCUUUGUGGUGGAUCUGUUUUUAAAUUCACUGCUCAACUGAAGGACCUUACAGAUAAUUGUAUGUGGGGUACAGAGAUGAGGUAGUCAUUCAAAAAUCAUGUUAAACACUAUUAUUGCACACAGAGUGAGGCCAUGCAACUUAUGUGACUUGUUAAGCAAUUUUAUACUAUUACAUUUAUUUAGGCUUGCUAUUAGAAAGGGGUUGAAUACUUAUUGACUCAAGAAAUUUCAGCUUUUCAUUUUUAAUUAAUUUGUUAAAAUGUAGAAAAACAUAAUUCCACUUUUACAUUAUGGGAUGUUAUGUGUAGGCCAGUUACAACAAAAAUCUAAAUUGACUCCAUUUUAAAUUCAGGCUGUAACACAACAAAAUGUGGGGUGUGAAUACUGUAGACUCUAAAAGUGAAAUUACCCUUCAUAUAACUGAGAUCUUCUUUAGUCUAAAGUAUUUUGGAAAAGAGGAUAUAUGACAGUUAGACAGAGAGAGUUUUCUAUAAAAUAAGCCAUCAAUAGAUUGUGUGUACAAAUAUGUCUGUGUGUAUGUCUGUUAACACUCUUAUAGAGUAUAUUUCACAGACAGUUCAAGGGUAGAGUAUAUGGAGCAGAGCCUCUGUAGGUCAGUCAUCCAGAUUCAUGUACAGUCUGGGAUAACUGUCAAACCAAACUCGCCCUCUAUAGGACUUCCUUAAUCUCUAUUCUAGUAAAUUUUUAGGGUAAUAGUUUAAAACAGUUUCAUGGACUGUUGAGCCUCAUCAAUUCCUAGGUUAUUACCUUGCUUGUAAUAUGGGGAGUGCUUGGUCAAGCUGGCAAGCACUACUAUUUAAAUGGGGUCUUCAUGUUCAAGCAGGACUACUCUCACCCUACCCAAUUAUCCUUUGACUUUUGACACCCAGCCAGCAUCCCAUAGCGAUGCCCUGGAGAAACACAACUAAUUACACAGUAAUUAUCUAUCAGUCACGCGUCCUGUGGAACCCAGACUGCUAGUAGCUCAUUGACGGAGACCAGCUGUACUGUACAUAAUAGCAGGGUUUUGUUCCCUCCCUGUGGAUCCCUGUAUUGUUUCACGGCUCUCUGUUCUAUAAGGCAAGCCUUACUGAGUAAUUAGGCACUGAAUGGUUUGUUAUUACUCUAAGAGGAGUUGGUAAAAGUACCCACCCCUCCAGCAGCUGUUCACUCUGGUCCACCAUUGUUCCAUGUCAUGUGAUUUAUCCCUCAGGGUAUUAACUAAAUAGCCCACAAGGACAGCAUAGACUGUUGCACACACUGUAUGUAUCCCCCAACCCAUCCAACUUUAGGACAAAUUGCUGCAUAGAUGGGUUGUGAAAAUCUUUUGUGUGUUGUGUUUAAAAGGUACAUUCAACUUCAGACCUCUGUUGAGUGACAGCUGGGCUUAUUUAAUUAAACUUCUCAACAGUGUUAGAAGAAAUAUGAAUAUUAAAGGUGAAAUCUGUAAAUAUACACAUUUUUUUCAUUAGAAUGAACUGACAUCCAGAACGGAGGAAACUAUAUUGUGUCCUCAGUUCUGGAUGUCCUCAGUUCGGGAUAAAUAGCCCACCUAUAAUGAUGACAUCCUUUGUAUUUGGAGUGUGCAGUUGGUUUCAGUCGAUAAGCAUUAAACACAAUGGCCUCGUGGCAGUACAAGUCUGUGCUGAUCGCCCAGCAGUUGCCAAGUCAUUUCACAUUGUAUUCUUUGUGUUCUCUCUUUAAGCUUUGCUCCUGGUCGAUAUGGCUUAAGGCUCCUUAUUUUCUUGAAAAUGUUCAGAUCAAUUCUCUUCUAUCAUAGAAAGAGCAAAGCAAAAUUCUCAUCUCUCCGACUCACCCUUACUCUGUCAAAAAGGUUGGAUUUGAAGGUUUUUUAUGUUGCAAUUUAGAUUUUCUAUACAAGCAAGUGUGGUCAAGGGCACAACUGUGUUGUUGUUCUUCAGAAUUGGCUGCCUUAUAGAUAUACUGUCAAUCACCUUGAAUGAUCAUGGUUAAAAGGGAUGCAGCUGAUGUCAAAGUCACCUCAAAAGUUGCAAUUUUUUUGCAUUUUAGCUAACCCUAAUCCCAAUUUCCUACCUUAACCUAAUUCGCCUAACUUGCUACAUUAAUUAUCCUGACCUGGUACGUUAAUUAUCCCAACUUGCUAUGUUAAUUAUCCCAACCUGCUACAUUAAUUCUUCUAACCUGCUACAAAGUUCUGAUAUGAUCUGCAUCCCAUCUAGUCAAAACCAAUUUGAAUGUCUCUCUCAACAUUAAGAUAAAAUUAUGCAUAUUCAUAUCCUCUGUCAUGUUUGAUAAUCAAUAAUAACCCAUACUCUCCAUCAUAAUCCACAUUCACAAGGUGUUGAUCUUGGCUGUAAAGGCAUUACCUUGAUUCUAGCUUGCUGAAGCACCAGCAACCAUACUAUUUCAAAACAUCCCACUCAGAGGCCGGAUAGCUCAACCCCCAGAUUUCAUUUUGUCAGCACAAACUAUCAAUCAAUGUAAUGCACAGGCUCAAUAUUAUUUUAUUAUGAAUUAUGAAUUUGCUUACUUACUGAUUUUAACAGGGUCCCCUUGCCCACAUUCAACCGACAGACUUCAAGACCACGACAGCACAGCAGCCUUUAACUUUGGCCCAGAAAACCAAAUGGAUGUCAAGCAGCACAAAAGAAAGACAGUUCCUCUUAAUUGAUUUGUUUAUUGCUGUUGAUUUUUUCUUUGUGUUCUUCAGCAGUUAGCAAAAGGCUUGACGCCUGGGGAGGGCUUAUGGCUCUGAAUGAUACCAUUUAGUAGUUCAAGCCUGGGGUGAAGAAGCAGUGUGUUCAACAACAUAUCCUUAAUUAGAAGACAUGAGACCAAUGAUUCUUAGUUUGUUAUUUCGCAAUGUGUUUAGGUGUUAAACAGAUGUGUAUGUGUAUGUGUGUGUGUGUGUGUGUCACGCCCUGACCUUAGAGAUCAUUUUUAUGUCUCUAUUUGGUUUGGUCAGGGUGUGAUUUGGGGUGCGUAUUCUAUGUUCUUUAGUUCUAUAAUUUGUAUUUCUAUGUUUUGGCCGGGUAGGGUUCUCAAUCAGGGACAGCUGUCUAUCGUUGUCUCUGAUUGAGAACCAUACUUAGGUAGCCCUUUUUCCCACCUGUCUUUGUGGGAGGUUAACUUUGUUUGUGGCACAUAGGCCGUUAGCUUCACGGUUGUUUUGGGUUGUUUAUUGUUGGCGUCAUAAUAAAUAAAGGAUUAUGUACGCUAA